AGUGGAAGAUUUGUCAGAGCGUCCAAGUUCCGCCACGUGUUCGGGCAGUCCUCCAAGAAGGAGCUUUGCUACGAGAAUUUGAAGAUUACGAAAAACGCGUGGGACUCGAACUUGAUCAAGGCAAACUCCAAGUACAUUGCGGUCAACUGGGAGAGCUCCGGUGGCGGUGCCUUCGCGGUGAUUCCGGUCCAGGAAACAGGAAAGGCACCAGACAAGACUUCCUUGUUCCGCGGCCAUACAGCAACCAUUUUGGAUGUUGAUUUCAACCCGUUCGACGAACAGAUGAUUGUGUCUUCAUCCGAUGACGGCCGCAUUGCCAUCUGGGAGAUCCCAGCGGACUACUCUUUCCACAAGUACAUGAACGAAGACGGCGACGCGAUUGACGUCGCUCCGGUUAAGUACUUGACCGGCCACUCCAGAAAGGUGGGUCAUGUGAAAUUCCACCCAUUGGCGCAAAAUGUCCUUGCCUCCUCCUCCCUCGACUACACCGUCAAGAUCUGGAACCUUGAAUCGGGCAAAGACGAAAUCACAUUGCAGCACAAGGACCUCGUCACGUGCUUCGAGUUCAACCCCAACGGAACCUUGUUAGCGACUACGAGCAGAGACAAGACGAUCAGAAUCUGGGACCUUGCGACCCAGAAGGUGAUCGCUGAGGGCCCGGGUCACAGCGGUGCCAAGCCGUCGAGGAUCUGCUGGUUGGCGGAGGACAGGGUCGUCACCACCGGGUUCUCCAGAAUGUCCGACCGCCAGGUCGGGAUCUACGACACCGCCGACUUGAGCAAGCCGAUCGGAGGCUAUAUCAACAUCGAUUCCUCCUCCGGGGUGAUCAUGCCGGUCUAUGACCCUGCGACCAAGAUUUUAUUCUUGGCUGGUAAGGGAGACGGGAAUAUCCGCUACUACGAGUUCGCUGAAGACGACUUGUUUGAGUUGUCUGCCUACCAGUCCACGGAUGCGCAGAGGGGCUUCGCUGUGGCACCAAAAUAUACGGUUAAUGUGCGCGAAAACGAGAUUGUACGCGCCUACAAGACUGUCCAAGACUCUCACAUCGAACCAAUCUCGUUCGUGGUGCCAAGAAGGGCCGAGAUAUUCCAGAGCGAUAUCUACCCGGACUGUCCGUCGAAGCAGGCUGCGCUUACCGCGGAGGAGUUCUUUGCGGGUAAGACCGUUAACGGACCAAUUCUCUUGUCGAUGCAAUCUUUGUACGAUGGUUCCGAGCCGGAAUUCCGUCCCUCUACGUCUAGCUUGCCUGUCAAGGUCACUCCACCAGUGGAGACCAAAAAGGUUGCGAAGGAGAUUUCCGUUUCCCCGGUGCAAUCCAAGGAGCCUACUCCGUUCUCCAAGGGGAAGAGUGUGGACGACUUGUUGAACAAGCCUGCGGUCGACGAUUUGUUACAGAAGGCCCAGGAUUUGGACGGCGAGGAAGAAAAGUCUGAGGGUGAGUGGGGUGAGGAAGAGGUGGAGAUUAAGAAGGAGACUCCAGUGGAGGUUAAACCAGCUCCAGUGGAAUCUAAGAAGGAAUCUAAGAAGGAAUCUCCUGUGGAAUCUCCUGUCAAGGCUACUCCAACUGAAACCAAGGUUGUCGAAAAGGUAUCUCCUGUGAUUGAAGCAACCCCCGAGCCGAUCCUUGCUCUGGCGGCUGCCUCGCCUGCUCCUGUUACCGCCUCGCCUGCCCCUGUCACCAAGGGUGCUACCACUUUGAAGGGUAACGUAGACAAGUUGACCAUCCUUGUCGAAAAAUUAGAAGCCCAGAUUGCCAAGUUAACCGAGACCGCGGCCGAGAAGGACGACAGAUUAGCUGCCUUGGAAACCAAGAUCGGCGAGUUACUUAAAAAGUCUGCGUAGAGUAUUUUUUUUUUU